AUGGUCGAAAUCAAGUUCAAAGAGUUUCAAACUCACGGAUACAGUCUUGCAAAGACAUAGUGAGUAAAAAACGCAUUUUUCAAAGUGUCUUGCCCACCGAAUAACCGUUUUUCAGCGCCACUCGCCUCGUUCAUGAGUGCGUCUACAAAAAAUACUAUGAUAUGGCAAAGUACAAUAACGAUGCUAUGCGUAAGUAGUGUUUUCUAUUGAAUUCUGUGCCAAAAUUCGAAAUUUCCAACAUUUUUCAGUAUGCUUUAAUGGAGAGCAUAAAUGGUUUAUCGGUUUGUGCAAAAGUGCCGCUCCUGGAAGUGAGAACAAGUUUUUUGGCGGAUACCGUCUAUUCAAGACGCUAUAUCUUGGCUGUCUGAAGAGCUAUCAAUUUGAUGUCAACUGAUGAAAUGUUCCGAAAGACAUGACGCACAUUUUAUCAGUUGACCACUUUUUGAUAUCACCACCGACAACCGAGAUACAACUACUACAUUUACAGCCAACAAAGAACUGUGUCAAGAGUUUGGCCGCAACGUUAUUCGCAUUGUUUGUGACAUUGUGACUGGCAGUAAUUUUUUGUUUUUUUUGAUUUCUCAAAAACAGCCCCCUUUUCCAGUGAACGAGUGCAGCGAUGCGACGUUCAAUGCGGCGGCCAACAAAACGACGACUCGACGCACUCUGCCUCCGAUCCCUCGGGCUCCACUCAUCGCGACGACCACCACCGGCGGCUCCGAAUCGGCUCCGUUCCCGAUAGUUCACGUGGCCGGCGGAUUCGCGUGGGGCGCACUUUUGAUCGGAAUCCUCCUGACCGUCGUGUUCGUGAUUUGCAGCGGCAAGAAGAAGAAGGAGAAGAAGAGUGUGGCCGGACGUGGAAACGGCGGUCUCGAUAUUGUGGAUACGGACAUUUGA